CAGAAAAUUGAUGUUUUAUUAUCAAGAAACAGCUGGGAGAGAAGCCAUGUAUUCUAGAACAGAAACAUCGAGUGUUGCUACAGUCCCUAUGCAGAAGAGGCUUUUUAUUACCACAGGAGCCUCUGAAGGUCUUAAUGGCAUGUGUUACUUCUUUAUCCGGAGUACUAACAAAGCCAUCACUAUACAAAACAUAGCCCUGGAGGUCAACUUUGGUCAGAUUGAUGCAUCCAAUGGAAACAUCUUGCAAGGCUUUGAGAAAUAUCUGUCUAGGAUUAUUGUUCCUUCUUUGAAAUCUCAGGAGACUUGGGGUAGCAUUACCAACAACAGUCAGAUUGCAGAUUUUCUAGAACAGUUGGACAAAUUUGUUGUAAGUCUGUGCGGAGCUCGCAAUAACAUGGAUGGACGUGUGCACUUAGCGGAACACGAUUACAUAGAGUCUAUGUUAGACACACUAAGAUCACCUAGCGACUACCAGGCAGCAGCAUCAAGUUCAGACACAGUUGAAAAGUUUGAAGAGUUGAUCCUCAUAUGGUCUAAGCAGAUAGAGCAAGUGUUGGCUGAAAGUGAACAGAUGAGGAAAGAGGCUGAUGACAUUGGACCUGCUGCAGAGCUGGAUCAUUGGAAAAAGAGAACCGCCAAGUUUAAUAGUUUAUUAGAACAAAUCAAAAGUCCUAGGUGUAAAGCAGUCGUUGGUGUGCUGCAUGCCGCAAAGUCGAAAAUACUCAAACACUGGAAAGAACUGGAUAGUCGCAUAACUGAUGCAGCUAACGAAGCCAAAGAUAAUGUUAAAUAUUUAUACACGCUGGAUAAAUUUUUCGGACCUCUAGUCAAAAGUGAUCCUGCCACACUGGUGGACUUGUUGCCUAGCCUAAUGAACGCCAUCCGAAUGAUCUACAGUAUCUCACAGUAUUACAAUACGUCGGAACGUAUGACGUCACUCUUUGUUAAGGUCACUAACCAGAUGAUAACCACAUGUAAAGCUUACAUUAUGGAUGGUGUAGCUAAGGUCUGGGAGCACGAGAGACCGGAGUUACUCAAAAGGCUCAAUCAGUGCAUAUUUUUGAAUGAGGAAUACCAGAAGCACUUCCAGAAAACGAAGGAUAAACUCAGAGAGAACCCGAAUGAAAGACAGUUUGAAUUCAGUGAGAACUACAUCUUUGGUAAGUUUGAUACCUUCUGCAAACGCCUGGAGCGCAUAGCUAAUAUGAUGAAUACAAUAGAGAACCUGUCUGGCCUAUCUGACAUUAAGAUAGAGGGUAUAGAAUCCAUCAGUGUCAGAUUUCAAGGGAUUGUCCAAACUUAUAAAAAGAAGAAUUAUGAUAUUCUGGAUCACAGGAAGGGAGAGUUCGACCAGGAUUAUAUGGAGUUCCGAUCACAAAUCGACAGUUUGCAGAACCAAUUGCAAAACUUCGUAGACUCUUGGUUUGAAAAAACCCUAUCAACUGAAAAAGCACUGGAACUUCUUAGCAAAUUUGAGAAAAUCCAAGGAUGUAAUCUGAACCUGCAUGAGAAAUACAUGAAAGUGCUCAGUAACUAUGGACGAGAUUUGGAAACAGUACGUAAACUGUACCAGAAAUACAAAGAAGACCCGCCAGUGCCCAGAAAUAUUCCACCAGUAGCUGGCAAGAUCACCUGGGCUAGACAGCUGUAUAGGAAGAUAGAUACACCUAUGAAGAUCUUCAAGAAAAAAUCUGAGGUCCUCAGGACGCAGGAGGCCAAAAAAAUUAUACGAAAUUUCAACAAAAUGGCUGCAGUUCUCAUGGAGUUUGAGAUGCUAUAUCAUAGAGGUUGGUUCCGUGCAGUGGAGACUGCCAAGUCUGGCAUGAACUCUUCUCUGUUGGUGAGACACCCAGACACCAAAGAUCUCUUCGUCAAUUUUGAUCCACAAAUUUUGGAGCUGAUUGCAGAAGCAAAAUACCUGCGAAAGAUGAAUCUUGAAAUACCAGAAUCGGCAUCUGUUAUGUGCUAUAAGGAAAAUGAAAUCAAAUGCAAUCAUGUUUCAUUGGUUGAAGUGCUGAAUGAGUAUGAUCGUAUUUUGGGCACUAUUCCACCUGUAUUGGUUCCGUUAAUGAAGCCAUACAGAGAUAGGGUAGAAGAUGCCCUGAACCCCGGACUUUCUGCACUCAAUUGGACUUCUCUCAGUAUUGAGCAGUACAUCAAAAACAUUUACAAGGAGAUGGGAUUCCUGCAGCGAUUAAUCAAACAAGUGACCGAUCUGCUAGAUUGUCGCAUAGAAGCUGUACUCCUCGAUAUGUCCACUACACCCUUAUGUGACCUACCAGAAAUGGAACCGGUCACCACAACCGAGUUCUUGCGUAUGACAGAGACAGCCGUCAGUGAGGCUGCUGAACAGCUGGCUAGACAAAGCAAAGCAGUUGAGAGUGCUGUGAACGAACUCGUCGACACCUUAAAGGCGCAACUGAAAGAUAGUGACAAAGAGGGACUGCAUGGAAGUUACCAAUGCGUGCAUCCAGAUUCCAAACACAAGAAACAACGUUGCUUAGAGUGUCUGGCUUGCAGUUACAACAUUAUGCUAACUACAUUUAGUCAGAGAAAUAGUGAUGCUCUGAUCAAAUGCACCAGGCUCUCAUUAGAUGCCAUCAAGAGAAGAAUGCAAUCCUCAAGCAACAAAUACAUGUCACGUACGCAGGACACAAAACAGGAGGAGUCAAAGGUACCUCUGUUCAAGGCUGACAUCGUGUUAGCAAUUCCAUCUGUAGUGAUGAGACCGAGCUUAGAAGAUAUACAACAGACACUUAAUAAAUCCAUUCAAUUGAUUUUAAAAAUGUCUCAGAAUAUCUCAUUGUGGGAACAUACAGUCACUAUCCAGAAAGCAUUGCAGAAGCCAAUGGAUAAGGAAAUGGAAGACAACAAAGAUGACAAAGACGACAAGGUUACCAUCCCGCCAAACUUCCAUAAACCACUGCAUAAGUUGAUAAGCGAGCACAAAGACGUGAUAAAGGUGGUGAUAGUGCUCAAUUCCAUUGUCAGCUCCUUCCGCACAGAGUGUCAUGAGGUUUUGGAACAAUUCACACAGUACUCUGAACUCUGGAAUGAGGACCCUGUGGAAAAAGUAAAACAGUUCAUGGAUGAAAAUCCAUUGACAUCCGAGAUUGAAGCACAAGUAAAAUAUUACAAGAUUUUGGAAACUUCCAUUGAAGAAAUUCUGCCCAGCUAUAGAGUCGGUUCUAUUGUAUUCCUAACGGAGAAACUGCAGAUGGCUCUGAUAACUGAAGCUAGAGCUUGGAAGUUAGCAUAUGGUAAAGCACUCAACAACAAAGCGAGCAAAGACAUGCUAGAGAUCUUUGACUUCAUUGACAAUCUACAAAAGAGGUUGGCUAGACCCAUCAAAGACUUGGACGAUGUUCGCUCUGCGAUGGCAGCGCUACACGAGAUCCGUGAAGCUGAGAUACGUAUAGAUAUGACAAUUGGGCCCAUAGAAGAAUCAUAUUCUUUAUUGAAUAAGUAUGAAAUGACCUUCCCUGAUGGUAAUGCCGAGAAAGUGGAUGGUUUGACUUAUGCUUGGAAAAAACUCACUGUACAGUCCCAGCAAGUCCAGUCUCACCUGCUCAAGAUCCAGCCUGGUAUGAAAGCAGAUCUUUUGAAGGGAGUGGAGAUAUUUGUACAAGAUGUUAAUAUCUUUGUCAGUGACUACAAUGACAAGGGACCCAUGGUACAAGGUAUCGCACCGCGGGAGGCAAGUGAUCGUCUGCAGUUAUUCCAGGCUCGUUUCGACGAACUAUGGCGUAAAUUCCAGACCUAUUCCGGGGGUGAGGAGCUGUUCGGUUUGUAUGUUACUGAAUACCCCGAUCUGCAAAAAAUCAAAAGAGAACUUACCCUCCUGCAAAAAUUGUACAACUUGUACAAUGAUGUAAUUGACAAAGUAAACGGUUACUACGAUAUCCCAUGGGUUGAUGUUGACAUCGAACAAAUUAAUCAAGAAUUAACAGACUUUCAAAACAGAUGUCGUAAACUCCCCAAAGCACUCAAAGAAUGGCAAGCCUUUCUGGAUCUUAAGCAGACAAUUGAUGACUUUAAUGAGACUUGUCCCUUACUGGAAAUGAUGGCAAACAAAGCCAUGAUGAAACGCCAUUGGGACCGAAUUACUGGGAUCACCGGGCAUACAUUUGAUGUUGAAUCUGACACCUUCCUUUUGCGUAAUAUAAUGAUGGCACCACUUCUAAAGUAUAAGGAAGAUAUCGAGGAUGUGUGUAUCUCAGCUGUGAAAGAAAAAGACAUAGAGGCCAAACUGAAACAGGUGAUCGCUGAAUGGAACGCUCAGAUGUUUCAGUUUUCAGCUUUUAAAGCACGUGGUGAAUUACUUUUGAAAGGUGACCACACCGGUGAUAUUAUCUCGCUGAUGGAAGACAGCUUGAUGGUAUUGGCCUCACUGAUGAGCAACAGGUAUAACGCGCCGUUCAAGCCAGAAAUCCAGAAAUGGGUGCAGAAGCUAUCCGGUACUACAGAGAUUAUUGAGAAUUGGAUGAUAGUACAGAAUCUAUGGAUAUAUCUGGAAGCUGUGUUUGUAGGUGGUGACAUUGCUAAACAAUUACCACAGGAAGCCAAGAGAUUUACAAAUAUUGAUAAGUCAUGGGUAAAGAUCAUGCAGCGUGCUCAUGAGAACGCAAAUGUUGUGCAGUGCUGUGUUGGUGACGAUACUCUCGGACAACUCUUGCCCCAUCUUCUGGAACAGCUGGAAAUAUGUCAAAAAUCCCUGACGGGUUAUCUAGAAAAGAAACGUUUGCUGUUCCCUCGAUUCUUCUUUGUCUCUGAUCCCGCACUUCUUGAAAUCUUGGGUCAGGCAUCUGACUCGCACACCAUCCAGCAACAUCUGGAGGGUUUGUUCGAUAACGUUAAGACUGUUACUUUCCACGAGAAGAACUAUGAUCUCAUCCUUGCUGUUAAUUCCAGAGAAGUGGAGAGGAUUGAUUUGGACCAAAACGUCAAUGCGCAGGGUAAUGUGGAAAUCUGGCUCGGUGAGUUGCUUGCCACUGUCCGUCGUUCUAUUCACUCAAUUAUAAGAACCGCUUCUGUUGCUAUCGGAGACAAGGAGAAUUUUAAACUGAUUGAAUUUCAAGGACAUUACCCAGCUCAAGUAGGCCUCUUAUGCCUACAAAUGAUAUGGACUAGGGAUUCAGAGGAAGCUCUGAAAAACGCCCGGGCAGACAAGAAAAUUAUGGCAACUACCAACCAGUAUUUCUUGGAUAUGCUCAAUACCUUGAUUGACAUGACAACCCAGGAGUUGACAAAAUACGAGAGGACAAAGUUCGAGACUCUCAUCACUAUCCAUGUGCACCAACGUGACAUAUUUGAUGAUCUAGUACGCAUGCAUAUCAAAUCACCGAAUGAUUUUGAAUGGCUGAAGCAGUCGCGUUUUUAUUUCAAAGAAGACACCGAUGAGUGCCUUAUUUCUAUUACUGAUGUUGAUUUCCAUUAUAUGAAUGAACCUGUGGGCUGUACUGACCGUCUCGUCAUCACGCCACUCACUGACAGAUGUUACAUCACUCUAUCUCAAGCAUUAGGUAUGAGUAUGGGUGGUGCCCCAGCUGGACCUGCUGGUACUGGUAAAACUGAGACCACUAAAGAUAUGGGCAAAGCUUUGGGCAAAUAUGUUGUUGUGUUCAAUUGCUCAGAUCAGAUGGACUUCCGUGGUUUGGGACGUAUCUACAAAGGUCUUGCCCAGUCAGGUAGUUGGGGAUGUUUUGAUGAAUUCAAUCGUAUUGAAUUACCAGUAUUGUCUGUGGCAGCUCAACAAAUUGCUAUUAUCCUGGUAGCUAAGAAAGAAAGGAAGAGUGCAUUUAUCUUUACUGACGGGGAUAAUGUAGACUUAGACCCCGAGUUUGGUCUAUUUAUCACGAUGAACCCUGGUUAUGCAGGUCGUCAGGAAUUGCCGGAAAAUCUGAAGAUUCAGUUCCGUACCGUAGCUAUGAUGGUACCGGACAGACAGAUCAUUAUGCGAGUGAAACUUGCUAGUGCUGGUUUCCAGGGAAAUGUUUUGCUAGCCAGGAAAUUUUACACUCUUUACAAACUGUGUGAAGAGCAAUUGACAAAACAAGUUCAUUAUGACUUUGGUUUACGUAAUAUUCUAUCUGUAUUGCGUACAUUGGGAGCUUUCAAACGAGCUAAUCCUGAAGACAGUGAACAGACCAUCGUGAUGAGAGUUUUAAGAGAUAUGAAUCUAUCAAAAUUGGUAGAUGAAGAUGAACCUCUGUUCUUGUCGCUGAUUGAUGAUUUGUUCCCUGGAAUGCAAUUGGACAAAGCAGGUUACCCAGAAAUGGAAGCUGCUAUUGAGCACCAAGUUGCAAAUGCUGGGUUAGUUCACCAUGCUCCAUGGGUACUCAAAUUGAUCCAGUUAUAUGAGACCCAACGUGUACGUCACGGAAUGAUGACGCUAGGACCUAGCGGUGCUGGUAAAUCUAAGUGUAUUAGCAUACUUAUGAAAGCGAUGUCAGAUUGCGGGGAGCCACACAAGGAGAUGAGGAUGAACCCUAAGGCUAUCACCGCACCACAGAUGUUUGGACGAUUAGAUGUCGCUACCAAUGAUUGGACAGAUGGUAUCUUCUCAACACUGUGGAGAAAAACGCUCAAAAUUAAGAAAGGUGACCAUGUUUGGCUCAUAUUGGAUGGCCCUGUAGACGCCAUCUGGAUUGAGAAUCUGAACAGUGUGCUUGAUGACAACAAAACACUGACACUUGCCAAUGGUGAUCGUAUUCCCAUGGCACCUAACUGUAAAAUUAUUUUUGAAGUACAUAACAUUGACAAUGCGUCGCCAGCUACUGUAUCACGUAAUGGUAUGGUGUUCAUGAGCUCCUCCAUCAUGGAUUGGAGCCCCAUCAUUCAGGGCUGGCUGACGACAAGACCAGUUGAUCAGCAGUCUAUUUUGAUGCCACUGUUUGAGCAUGCAUUCAAGGAUACGCUCUUGUACGUCUUCCAUAACCUGUUUCCAAAGAUGGACCUCUUGGAGUGCGUAUAUACCCGCCAGGCGAUUGACAUUCUGGAGGGGCUUAUUCCAGGAGGGGAGGACGGUUCCAAGGGGGCUUCAAGGGAGCACUUAGAAAGACUUUUUGUCUUUGCUCUCAUGUGGUCCGUUGGUGCCAUCCUUGAGCUGGAAGACAGAAAGAAGAUGGAAGAAUUUUUGAUGGAAAAAGGUGGGCUGAGUUUGCCUAAGGUGUCCUCUGGUGACACUAUAUUUGAGUAUGUUGUUGAUGAAAAUGGAAACUGGGAGCAUUGGGAGAAGAGGGUACCAGAGUAUGUGUACCCUAAAGAUGUUACACCAGAGUAUUCAUCCAUCCUGGUACCCAAUGUUGAUAACGUCAGAACAGAUUAUCUUAUAGACACUAUUGCUAAACAAGAAAAAGCUGUCCUAUUGAUAGGUGAACAAGGUACAGCAAAGACUGUUAUGAUACAAAGUUACUGCCUAAAGUAUGAUCCUGAAGUACAUCUAACGAAGAGUCUAAACUUCUCGUCUGCCACUACGCCAAAUAUGUAUCAGCGUACCGUUGAAAGCUAUGUUGACAAACGUGUUGGUACAACAUUCGGCCCUCCAGCAGGUAAACACAUGACUGUGUUUAUUGAUGAUAUCAACAUGCCGAUUAUCAAUGAAUGGGGUGACCAGAUCACCAACGAAAUUGUGCGUCAACUGAUGGAGAUGCGAGGUUUCUAUAACCUUGAAAAACCUGGUGAAUUCACGAACAUAGUAGAUAUCCAAUACAUGGCUGCUAUGAUUCAACCAGGCGGCGGUAGAAACGACAUACCGCAACGUCUGAAGAGACAUUAUUCCAUCUUCAACUGCACACUGCCCGCCAAUGCCUCCAUUGAUAAAAUCUUUGGCACAAUUGGGACCGGACAUUUCUGUACAGAGCGCAGUUUCAGCGAGGAUGUCUGCGAGCUGGCUAGUAAAUUAGUAUCAUGUACUCGUAGGUUGUGGCAGCGUACUAAAAUCAAGAUGUUACCCACACCAGCCAAAUUUCAUUAUGUCUUCAACUUGAGAGAUUUGAGCAGAAUCUGGCAGGGUAUGUUAAACACCAACCAUGAAGUCGUGGUUGACACAUCGAUUCUGAUGGCCCUAUGGAAGCACGAGUGUACUCGUGUGGUUGCUGACAGAUUCACGAACCAAGAAGACAAAGAUUGGUUUGAAAAAAAUAUUAUCAAGCUUGCUGAGGAGGAUCUUGGAACUGCUUUUGCAGAACAAAUGGCCAAAGAACCCUAUUUUGUAGACUUUCUACAGGAUGCUCCCGAAGCCACAGGUGAUGAACCAGAUGACGCAGAUCUAGAAGCACCAAAGAUAUAUGAACCAAUCUCCUCGUAUGAGCAGCUUGAAGACCGACUAAUUAAUUUCAUGGCAUUGUAUAAUGAAACAAUCCGAGGUGCUAAUAUGGAUUUGGUUUUCUUCAAAGAUGCCAUGGUCCAUUUAGUGAAAAUCUCCCGUAUUAUUCGUACUGCACGAGGCAACGCUCUGCUUGUCGGUGUUGGUGGUUCUGGUAAACAGAGUUUAACCAGACUGGCCACUUUUAUUGCUGGAUAUAAGAGUUUCCAAAUCACCUUAUCCAGAACGUAUAAUGUAGCUAACCUGAUGGAUGACCUCAAACACUUGUAUAGAGUGAGUGGUCAACAGGGUCAGGGUAUCUCAUUUAUAUUUACUGAUAAUGAAAUUAAAGACGAAGCUUUCCUUGAAUACCUCAACAACGUUUUAUCUUCGGGAGAAGUUUCCAAUUUGUUUGCCCGUGAUGAAAUUGACGAAAUAACAGGUGAAUUAAUUCCAAUCAUGAAGAAGGAAUACCCCCGACGGCCACCAACCAAUGAGAAUCUAUACGAUUAUUUCUUGACCCGAGUACGUAAUAAUCUGCACGUAGUGCUCUGUUUCUCACCAGUUGGUGAAAAAUUCCGUAAUCGUUCCCUUAAAUUCCCUGGAUUAAUAUCAGGCUGCACGAUGGAUUGGUUUAGCCGCUGGCCAAAGGAUGCUCUGAUUGCUGUGUCCAAUCACUUUUUAUCUAAUUAUGAUAUAGUAUGCACUGAUACUGUGAAGAAGAGUGUCAUCAACACCAUGGGUGUUUUCCAGGAUCUGGUAGCAGAAACCUGUAUUGAUUACUUCAACAGAUACAGACGUCAGACUCAUGUAACUCCAAAGUCUUACUUAUCCUUCUUGGAAGGGUACAAAAACAUUUAUCAACAGAAACGAGAUGCUAUUGGCGUAUUGGCAAAAAGAAUGGAAACAGGUCUUGCCAAAUUGGUAGAAGCAACAGAAUCAGUCAAUGAGCUCAGCAAGGAACUUGCUGUGAAAGAAAAAGAACUGGCUGUGGCCUCCAAAAAAGCAGACGCAGUGCUGGCUGAGGUGACAGUGAGUGCACAAGCGGCAGAAAAGGUCAAAGCCCAAGUACAGAAAGUGAAAGAUAAAGCCCAAGCUAUUGUAGAUGAAAUUGCUGCUGAUAAAACAGUGGCAUUGGCUAAGUUAGAGGCUGCUAAACCAGCCUUGGAAGAGGCUGAGAGAGCUUUGGAGACAAUAAAGCCAGCUCACAUUUCCACAGUACGUAAGCUGGCUAAGCCACCGCACCUGAUCAUGCGAAUCAUGGACUGUGUAUUGCUUCUGUUCCAAAGAAGGUUGGAUCCAGUGACACAAGAUCCCGAGAGGCCAUGCUGCAAACCAUCCUGGGGCGAAUCACUGAAGUUAAUGAGCAGUGGUGGCUUCUUACAGGGUCUGAUGACAUUUCCAAAGGAUUAUAUUACUGCUGAGACUGUUGAAUUAAUGGCCCCUUAUAUUGAAGCGGAGGAUUACUCAAUGGAAACGGCUAAAAGGGUGUGUGGUGAUGUAGCAGGUCUUGCCAGUUGGACCAGGGCUAUGUCGUUCUUUUUUGGCAUCAACAAAGAAGUACUACCAUUGAAGGCUAAUUUAGCUGUUCAAGAGAGCCGUUUAAAUGCUGCUACAGCGGAGUUGAACAGUGCCCAAGCUCAGUUAGAUGCGAAACAGAAAGAACUGGAUGCUGUGCAAGCACAGUAUGAUGCCGCCAUGGGAGAAAAACAGGCUUUACUGAAUGAUGCUGAGAACUGUCGUCGAAAAAUGUCCAACGCUACAGCGUUGAUUGAAGGUUUGGGUGGUGAGAAAGUCCGAUGGACUGCAGCCAGCAAAAUGUUUAGUGAUCAAAUAAACAGACUUGUGGGUGAUGUUUUGUUAGCCACUGGUUUCCUAUCCUAUACUGGACCUUUCAAUCAAGACUUCCGUAACCAACUUCAAAAAACCUGGAAAAGAGAGAUGGUAUCAUCCAAGAUUCCAUUUAGUGAUGAUAUCAAUUUAGUUAGUAUGCUGUCAGACCCUGCUACGGUUGGGGAAUGGAAUCUUCAAGGGUUGCCCAAUGAUGAACUAUCAGUACAGAACGGUAUUAUUGUAACAAAAGCUACUAGGUUUCCAUUAUUGAUUGACCCUCAAGGUCAAGGGAAAUCAUGGGUCAGGAAUAAAGAAAAAGACAAUGAACUGCAGAUAACAACAUUGAACCACAGAUAUUUCCGUUCUCACCUUGAAGACAGCCUGUCUCUUGGCAGACCUCUCUUAAUUGAAGAUGUUGGGGAAGAAUUGGAUCCGGCAUUGGAUAAUGUGUUGGAGAAGAAUUUCAUCAAGACUGGUAGCACGUACAAGGUGAAAGUCGGUGACAAGGAGGUUGAUGUCAUGGAUGGAUUUAAAAUGUUUGUAACAACUAAACUGGGUAACCCAGCUUAUACUCCAGAAAUAAGUGCCAGAACGUCAAUCAUCGACUUCACUGUCACCAUGAAAGGUUUAGAAGAUCAGCUGUUAGGUAUGGUCAUCCUAACAGAGAAACAUGAAUUGGAAGCGGAGCGAGUUAAACUGAUGGAAGAGGUAACUGCAAACAAACGUAAGAUGCAAGAGUUGGAGGAUAACUUGCUGUAUCGCCUCACAAGUACGGAAGGCUCGCUCGUGGAGGAUGAAUCCUUGAUUGAAGUGCUUAAAGUCACCAAAAUAACCGCCCAAGAAGUUAGCGAGAAACUGACGACGGCUGCUGAAACUGAAAUCAGAAUAAACACAGCUCGUGAAGAAUUCAGACCUGUUGCCACCCGUGGCAGUAUCCUAUAUUUCUUGAUUGUUGAGAUGAGUAUGGUGGACGUCAUGUAUCAGACAGCUCUGAAGCAGUUUUUAGGAAUCUUUGAUCUAUCCAUGGCAAGAUCAGAUAAGAGUCCAAUAACAAGUAAACGUAUUGUCAAUAUCAUUGAGUAUAUGACAUUUGAGGUGUUCAAGUACACUGCCCGAGGACUCUACGAGAACCAUAAGUUCUUGUUCACCUUGCUGCUGACGCUGAAGAUCGAUUUACAACACGGCAAGAUUCGACUUGAAGAAUUCCAAACCUUGAUUAAAGGUGGUGCCGCCUUAGAUCUGAAUGCAGUUGAGCCGAAACCCAAGAAGUGGAUCUUGGACAUGACAUGGUUGAAUCUUGUGCAAUUAAGCAAACUGCCCCAGUUUUCACAGAUUCUGGGCCAGAUAUCCCGUAAUGAUAAAGCCUGGAAGGCGUGGUUUGAUGAAGAUGCCCCCGAAGAGGCCAUUAUUCCGGACGGAUAUUCCACAUCGCUGGAUACAUUCCGAAGGCUCCUACUUGUUAGAUCCUGGUGUCCAGAUAGAACCAUAGCCCAAGCAAGACAUUAUAUUGCAGAAUCACUAGGAGCCAGAUAUGCGGAGAGUGUGAUAUUGAAUUUAGAAGCUAUGUGGGAGGAGAGUACUAAGCGUACACCUAUGGUUUGCUUGUUAUCUAUGGGAUCAGAUCCUACAGAUAACAUAGAACGUUUAGCCAAGAAACAGAAUAUGCGAUGUCGCACAAUAAGUAUGGGUCAAGGACAGGAGGUGCACGCACGCCGACUCGUUUCCUCCUCCAUGGCGGAAGGUGGAUGGGUACUAUUGCAGAAUUGCCAUUUAGGUUUGGAUUAUAUGGAUGAACUUCUCGAUGUAACUUUAACCACUGAACAAGUCCAUGAUAAAUUCCGUGUAUGGAUCACCACUGAAGUCCAUCCCAAAUUCCCGAUUAACCUACUUCAGAACUCUAUCAAGUUCACCAAUGAGCCUCCCCAAGGUGUCAAAGCUGGUCUCAAGAGGACCUAUGCAGGUAUAACGCAGGAUCAGCUUGACAUCAGUAAUAUGCCCCAAUGGCGCCCCAUGCUCUAUGCUGUUGCCUUCUUACACACCACUGUUCAAGAGAGGCGUAAGUUUGGACCGUUAGGAUGGAACAUCCCUUACGAGUUCAACCAGGCCGAUUUCACUGCCACUGUACAAUUUGUAAAUAACCAUCUAGAUGAUUUAGAUCCAAAGAAGGGAGUAUCGUGGAACACUGUACGUUACAUGAUUGGUGAAGUACAGUAUGGUGGUCGUGUGACAGAUGAUUUAGACAAACGUUUAUUGAAUACUUACGCCCGUGUGUGGUUUUCUGAAGACAUGUUCAGUGAUAAGUUCAAGUUCUAUACAGGUUAUGUAAUACCUAAGUGUCGGACUGUUGAUGAGUAUCGUAAUUACAUCCAAGGUAAUCUACCACUAGUUGAUUCACCUGAAGCAUUUGGGCUUCAUUCCAAUGCCGAUAUCACAUACCAGACUAAUAUGGCCACUGAGUGUCUGGAUACUAUUGUCAGUAUCCAACCUAAAGAAAGUGGUGGCGGUGCUGGAGAAACAAGAGAAUCAGUUGUAUUCAGAAUUGCUGAUGAAAUGUUAGAGAAGCUACCAGAAGACUAUAUACCUCAUGAGGUGAAAGCUCGUCUACAGAAGAUCGGUAUGCUUAACCCUAUGAAUAUCUUCCUGCGACAGGAAGUAGAUCGUAUGCAGAGAGUCAUACAAACGGUCCGUAGCACGUUGACGGAUCUGAAAUUAGCGAUAGACGGUACUAUCAUUAUGAGUGAGAAUUUGAGGGACGCUUUGGAUAAUAUGUUUGAUGCCCGAGUACCUGCCAUUUGGAAAAAGAUUUCUUGGGAAUCUACCACCUUGGGUUUCUGGUUUACAGAUCUUAUUGAGCGUAAUAAUCAGUUUGUAACCUGGUUGUUUGAUGGACGUCCACAUCAUUUCUGGAUGACCGGAUUUUUCAAUCCUCAGGGUUUCUUGACAGCUAUGCGUCAAGAGAUUACACGUGCCCAUAAAGGCUGGGCAUUGGAUAGUGUAGUGUUACAUAAUGAUGUUACAAGACACAUGAAAGAAGAUAUUAGUUCACCACCUGCUGAGGGUGUGUACAUCCAUGGUCUGUAUUUAGAUGGUGCAGGAUGGGAUAGGCGUAACUGUAAGCUAAUUGAGCCCUCUCCCAAGGUACUAUUCACUCCCCUGCCAGUUGUCCACGUUUAUGCAAUCAACAAUGUCGGACCUAAAGACCCUAAACUCUACGAGUGUCCCGUGUAUAAGAAACCUGUGCGUACUGAUCUGACGUACAUCUUCCCGUUAUACCUGCGUACAGUACAACACCCUGACCAUUGGGUAUUGCGUGGUGUCGCGUUGCUAUGCGACACUAAGUAAUCAACCAGUACAAGGAAAAUAAUUUGUAUUUUUGUACAAUUUCUUUUGCUGCAAUUGUUAUAACAGCCACACUUAUUAUGGUACCUCACAAAAUCUUUCCUAGUUCAUUUUACUAUAUGCUCAGAUCAUUAUGUUUGUUUUUGCGUAUAGUUUACAGUUACGCAGACUUCCUUUUUCUGUAUUUCGCGUACAGGAUUUCAGUAAUUGGUGUGCCUUACCAUUAGGUGACAGAGAAAACAAAAUGCUGCAAUUAUGGUAGCAAAUUUGUUUUAUCGUCUGCUGACAAGCAGAUUUGGUUUUUGAAUUAUAUAUAUUACAUUUUUUUUUCCAUCAACCGUCCAUUUUUAAAGUUGGAGCAUCUUGGCUGCCAAGUAAAAAAAUUUCCAAAAGCUUAUUGCACCAUUCCUUCUAGCCAUAUCUUAUAUAACUUCUGCCGAAAUAAACCAUAUAAUUUUUUUUUCAUUUGCGUUACUAGCAAUAUUAAUUUCUUAAUGAGAAAAUGAUUGUAAAGAUUUUUUUGUUUUGUUAUUAUUUAUAAUGUUUUUUUUUUCAAACUAUGUGAACCUGUGUGAUAAUAUUGUGACAAUAUAGCAUCAACUGGUGCUGAAUGAAACGUCCAAACAUAGCAUGACCUUUAAUCCUGCCUACUAAUCAUGUGUGCAAUUGUUUAAUUAUAUUUAAAAGUGCAUCAUUUUCUUGACCUUAUCCCUCUAUUGACCUCAUACCAAGAUUUAAUACAAAAAUGUCUUGUAUUCAGUAAAAAAUAAACAACUGCUCUGGAUUGAUUUGAUACUAGUUUUAUAUUUGUUACCUUUCAACUUAGUAAUAGCCAUUUUGGAUUUAUGAAUUUAACCUUUGAACUUAGACAGCCAUUUUGGAUUCAAUUUUUGGUACCAAGUAACCUUUGACCUUGCAUUGCAUCAUGGGCAAAAACAAAAUGGCAGCCGAACAGUGAACUGGCUUAAGAUAUCCAUGUUAAAUUUGAUAACCUUUUAAGGACAGCCUUUGUGAACCAUUUAAAAUUGUAAAAAGUGUGUUUUCGUAAUAGAUUUAAAUUGACAGUCUGUCUUACACAGUACCUAAUUUGCUAAGGCUGACAAACUUGUUGGUCAUUCCACUUUGUGAAUAGGGGUGUUAGGGUCAGGAAAAUGAUGUUAUAUGGCAUUGUAGUAAAAAAUGGGAUAUUUAAUCAAAAUUGGUUUGUUUGGAGUGAACUUGUAUAUGUUUAUAUAAUAUUAAACAAGAUAUAAAACUGACUUCCAGUCUAAUCCGUCCAUGUACUUGCAUCAUCCUGGUAAAGUGGAAGACUUUUUCAUUCUAGCACAUCCAUGAUGAUGUCAUUUCUUAUGGCUGUGGUCAUCCUUAUAUGCAUUUACAUUUUUUUUUAUCAAUUACAAAUCGAACAAAUCUACUUGAACAUUCCGUCUUUGAUUAGUGCCCUUCCCACCCCUAUACUGAUGUGAAGUUGGUGAGGGCACAUUGUUUUGUUCAGCAGAUUUAUCCACUUAACCUCAGUGUAGGGGUGGCUGGCCAGUAUCUAUAAAUUGUAAAAUAACUGUGUGUGGUGCUUGUCUGUUGUGAUAUGUACAUUGUUUAGUGUAAUUAUUCUCACACUGUACGCCUUGUUGGAUGGACCAAUGCUUGUAUCUUCUAAUAAAGUGUGCAUGUUUUCAUAUUUAAAA